AUGAGCGCGCGCACCGCCCGCGGCCUUGAUAACAUUCCUGCAGGCAUUCUGAAAACCCUAGGCGCACGUUCAAGAGAGCAGCUAGCGGAGAUUUUCACUGGCAUCCUCAAGGGUGACCCAGUCCCAGAAGAUUGGCUGCGUGGCAGGGUGACACUGAUCCCGAAGAGAGGGGGUGACGCGGGCCUGCUCCGCGACUACCGACCUGUCACGGUCACGUCUGUGGUAUACAGAGUCUUCGCCCAGGUUUUGAAAACGUGGAUGAGUGCUUGGGCUGAAGCCAAUAACCAUCUCACAGAGCUUCAGAACGGAUUCCGCAAGGACCGACGGCUUGAAGAUAAUGUGUUUGCUCUGACCCAGUGUGUGGAAAUUGCCCGCAAGGAAGCUCGUACUCUUGUCUGUUGCUUUUUGGACGUUUCUAAAGCAUACGACAGUGUUCCACAUGCGGAGCUGCUCCAGUGCCUGAGCGAUAUGGAGAUGCCGCUAGCGUGGACCAGUGUUCUCCAGCGCCUGUACAACAACAACAGGGUAGUCACGACCAUGUGCGGCGUGCGGUCAAGCGAGGUCGCCGUGACCAGAGGGCUAAAACAGGGAUGUCCUUUGUCUCCUCUCCUCUACAUGCUAUACGUGUCCCGGGUGGAACGUCAACUUCUGAAGUUGGGUCUUGGGUUCACCCUUGGGUACGUUGACGGGGGGAUGAAGGGCUGCUGGGUAUUACCUGGCCUUGUUUUCGCGGACGACAUCGUGCUCAUGGCAGGAAGUGCUACAGAUCUUCAGGCACAGAUGAACAGCUGCGCAGACAAAAUGGCGGCAUUAGGCCUUUCAUUUAAUGCCAAGAAGUCUGCGGUGUUGCACUUUUCCGGCCCUGCCGAAGUUGAUCGAUCCUUCACGCUUCCUGGAGGCGAGGCUGUCGAACAGGCGACUGAAUAUAGGUACCUGGGCGUCAACCUGUGCACGCAGCCUGACUACACUGCUACCCACGAAGAUCACCUACGUACGGCGUCAAGGCGGGCUGGCAGUGUCCUACGCCGGCGAGGCUUAUGGGGCUUCAACCGCUACGUCAUGGUUCGCGAGCUCUGGAAGGCGGUACACGUCCCUACCCUCACCUUUACCAACGCCAUCAUUUGCAUGUCUUCGCCGACUCGAGAGUGGCUGGAGCGAGGCCAGCGGGUCGUCGGACGCCUCGGAACGGGAUGCCAUGGGAACGUCGCCAACGAGGCCAUCCAGGGAGACCUUGGCUGGUCAAGCUUUGAGGCACGCGAGGCCAAGAGCAAGAUUUCGUAUGAUGGGCGGCUGCGGGCGAUGGGGAAGCACCGGUGGGCACGCAGGGUGUUUGACUACGUCACUGUCAACGGCGUGCGAACAAGGUGGAUGAAGCGUCUGCAACAACUGCGCAAGAAGUUUGGGUUUUUUUGUUGCCCUACGCAAGCGGAAAACGCCCAGGUAUCGGCCAAGGCGACACUGCAGCUGUACAGGACGUGCAAGACAGACAUCCACCGGGAGGACUUCUACGACAACAGCAUUGGGAGCAGUCUGUUGUUUGAGGCGCGGGCCGGCGCACUCAGAACGCUGGAAUAUCGCCACCACUUCGACCCCACCAUAGCCAGCACCAUCUGUAGGGCAUGCGGUGAGGAGGACGAGAGCAUCGAACACAUAGUGCUCCGAUGCAAGAGGCUUCCGACUUUACCGCCAGAAGACGCCACCUUCUCACGCACCCUGGGAUUUCGCUCAGCCGACGACGCCACAUCAGGCAACGGGGACGAGGUGCUGCUGGCUGCGGUGAUGGUGACGAAAAGACGGCUCUCCGAGUGGUGGACCCUAGUGCGCCGCUAG